AUGUAUGCAAAUUUUCAUGAAGAAAUAAGUAAGUUUAGGAAUGUGAUUGGAAUAUCUCACGAUGUUACUGAUAAUUAUUUGUUCACAUUGCUUCGGCAUUCUGGUUUUGAUUUAAACUCUGCAGUUGAUGCUUUCUAUAAAAAUUUACAAAUUACACAUUCCCCAAAAAAUCAAAUAUUGGAUACACUUAACAAUAAAAAUAACCAUGAUAUCACUAUAUUUGAUGAUGAGUCCAUGGAAGAAGUUAAAAACUUGAUGGUCGAGUCUUUGAGUAAAAAGAAAGCUAAUAUAUCCAAUGGAACAGAUGCUAAUCAAAAUUCAACUUCUGCACAACUCAAUAGAACCUCACUUAGAGAGAAUAUCUCAGAACCUUUCUUAAUAUAUCUAGGGACAAUUACUUUGGAUUUUCUGAGUAACUUACGAGGAAAAAUAGAGAUUUCAGGGGGGUUAAACGUUGAUUUAAAGCUAUCUAUAGUAUCUCAAUCUGGUAUAAGAAAAAAGAGAAAACACAAUUUGGAAGAGUGCUAUUCAAUGGAGGAUACAUUAAGCUCCAGUAUACUGAGAGUAGUAGUAGAAGGUAGAGAAGUAGGAAUGCUUUCUUCAAAUGUUAAAUUUAUAUAUCCACUAAUUGCAGCUGAAAUGAUACUAAUUAAGGCUAGAAUUAGAUCAGAUUUUCCAACUAGUUAUCUUUCCUUUGGAGAGUUAGUACCUCUUGAGAUGGUAAUAUUUGCAACAUCAAAAGCCUUCUACCAAAAUCAGAAAAGUACUAUACUCAAACAAUCAAAAAUAUUAGGUAAAAAAGAAUUGAAUAUUGAAGUGAAUGACAAUUCAAAUGAUAAUAGUUUAUUGCUAAGAACAGUAUGGUCCCAAUUAUUUGAAAAGGUUAAAUUACAGGUAAAAAAAAAAAGUUUAUGGGCCUCAUAUCCUAAGUCCCAAAAUUAUGUCUACUCAGAAGAUACCAGACAAUGCUUAACUAUUGAUGAAAUUCUUUGUCUAAUACCAAGAAAUAUUGAUAUAGUUGAAGAAGUUGAGCUGAAUACAAAUAUAUUUAAAAGUAAGCUCUAUCCCUAUCAGCAGCAAGGAUACUCCUGGAUGAAGUCAAGAGAGAGAAAAUAUGAGAACUUGAAUGAAUUGCAUCCACUUUGGGAAGAGCUAAGCAUAAAUAAAUUUGAUACAGAGAGCUUUUCUUGGAUCGAUAUUAAAUAUAAGUUAAAUAAAGAGUAUCAACUCAUAUACUUUAAUCAAGUUGAGGGGAUAUUGUCUCUAGAAUUCCCAGCUUGCGUUAACGAGAAUUCAGGUGGAAUUCUCUCUGAUGAUAUGGGUCUUGGGAAGACUAUUCAGACUCUUGCUCUGAUAUGUGGAAGUAAAAAAAAAAGAAAUAUGGAGUUUAACGAAAUUGAACAGCUAUUUGCAAGUUCUAGUCAGUCUUCACAUGAGCUCUAUACACCUUCACAAUCCAUUUCUGAAAAUUUACAUCUUCCAGAAGGAGGAACUUUAAUUAUUCUACCACUAUCUCUAAUGUUGCAAUGGCAGCAAGAAAUUGAAAAACAUCUUAACGUAAAUUCUAUGAAUAUACUAUCUUAUUAUGGUAAUAAAAGACACCAACUCAAACCGAGAAAUAUUGCCCGAUAUUAUGACAUAGUUUUAAUGACAUAUGGCACACUAUCAUCUGAAUAUGACCUUUUAUUAAAAAGUACAAGCAGUUGUACAACCAAUAGAUCAGCUAUAUAUGGAGUAUACUGGAAUCGCAUCGUACUAGAUGAAGCACAUUUUAUAAAAAACUCUGAUUCAAAAGUAUCUAAAGCUUGUAGUGCUUUAGAAGGUCGUUUUAGAUGGUGUUUAACUGCAACACCUAUUCAAAAUACAAUUAAUGAUAUAUAUUCAUUGAUAAGAUUUCUCAGGAUAGAACCCUGGUGCAGGAUUUCUUGGUGGAAACAAUUAACCAGUGAUACAGCUACAAUGAUAGAGACUCUAAGAAGAAUUAUAAGCCCUAUAAUACUAAGAAGAACUAGGGAUACGAUUAUAGAUGGCAAUCCAAUAAUAGUACUACCAGAAAAGAAUGUUCAUACAAUAUGGGUUGAGUUGGAUUAUACUGAAAGUGAAAUAUACAAUUCACUUUAUCAAAGAUCUAAACAAAAAUUUGAUUCAUUAAUUUUAAAUGGGACUAUUAUGAGUAAUUUUAGUAUAGUUUUAACUCUUCUUUUGAGAUUAAGGCAAGUAGUAUGUCAUCCACUACUUUUACAUAUCCAGUCUACCAAAACUACAAAGAUCUACCAUAAUUCUAAAACCAGAGACAAAACUCAAGAUUCACCUUUACCAUCGUGCCCAGUGUGCAUGGAUUAUUCUGAAGACCCUGUAAAUCUGCCAUGCAAACACAUACUUUGUAGAAUAUGUGCAUUGCAGCUUAUUUCAAAAAAGGAAGUUGGAACUGCAAGUUGUCCGUACUGUAGAAAUAUUUUUAAGAAAAAUGAACUAAUAGCAUUGCCAGGAACUCAAAAAAUUCCCAAGGCGAUUCUUAGUGCAAUAGAAAUGGAGAUGCAUCAAAUAAAAGAGAUAAAUAAAGGUGAGGUUAAUAAAAAUCUAUUACAAAUAAGUAAAACUACACAGCUUCCGGAGCAAUCUCAACAAGCUAAAGGAGUAAUAUAUGAAAGAGAAUAUUCACUAAUAGAUACUUCUGGUACUUACUGGAAGCCUACAAUAUAUUCAACAAAAAUCCGCACUUUAUUGGAAUAUUUACAUAAAGAUAUAAAUGAUAAUCAAAAAGUUGUGAUAUUUUCUCAAUGGACAAGUUUCCUAGAUAUAAUAGAAAUGGCACUAAAUUGUCACAGUUUCAACUUCCGACGUUUGGAUGGAUCUAUAAGUAUGUCUAAACGUGGUUCUAUCAUAUCAUGGUUUAGUGAAAGUAAACAAAAGAUAUUACUCGUCUCUAUUAAAGCUGGAGGGGUAGGUCUAAAUUUGGUUGCAGCGACACGAGUUUAUUUGACUGAUUUAUGGUGGAAUCCAGCAGUAGAGGAGCAGGCCUUGCAACGUAUAUAUAGACUUGGCCAGACCAAGACAGUACAUAUGUACAGAAUUGUAUGCAGAAAGUCAGUUGAAGAGAGGAUUUUACAACUUCAUCAAUUAAAAUCCGAUAUAUCUAGUAAAAUACUUGGUGAUGAAACUAAUGAAAAAGUUAGGAUUGAUCAAUUUAAGACAAUAUUUAAAGAAUUUGUCUAA